UGCAACAUGGAAUGUGCUCAGGACUUAUGAAGCAGUUCAUGACAACAGCAGAAUAUGUAGCAAAUGAAAUGAUGCCGAUGAUGAAAAAAGUCAUCAAAAAGAGGAAAAGUAAAAUAAUCAGAGAUAUGCUCGAACAAAUAUCAGACAAAGCAAAAGAAAUGAAAACAGAAGCUGAAAAUGUCAGAGAUAGGUAUGUUGCGCUUACAGGAAAGUUACAACAGAAUAUAUCGGAUGUUAACACACGGAAUGCAACUGUCGAACAACAAACAGAAGAGUUAAAAAUCGAAAAGGAAGAAGCUAAGUCAUUGAAACAGCAGUAUGAAAAAGAGCAAAGAGAAAUGGAAGAAGAAAGACGUAGAACAUUAAAUGAAAUACAGAGAAUGAAAGAACAGAGAGAUGAGCUUUUAGCUCGCGCAAGUAAUGAUCAAAAUCGUUAUUUUAUGCUACCCAACAGUGAUGCAUGCAGUUGAACGACUACUCGGUUUCAG